ACUUGGCAAAUGACCCGACAAAUCUCAACCGUUGAUCUUCCCGAACAUUAGGCCUACACUCCGCAUAUAAAAUGCGGUUCGGUCUCAGCCCGGUCUAUAGUCGAGGGUUUCGAGAAACUCAAAACUAGGGUUCUUCGCUUCGCUAUUGUUUCUCAGCCUGUGAGAAGAAACACUGAGGUACGAUCAUGGCGGGAGGGAAUUUCUUGCACAGAGUCAUAUCUUAUGUGGUUAACGAGGUCGUUGUUAAUGGUCUUGCAAAUAGCCCUGCAUUCCAGAGAUUCGCAGUGAGGACAUCGAAGAGAAUUGAAGAUCUUUCUAUUAAGGCUGCCCAGACGAAACGAGAACUUACUGAGCAAGUGAAGGAUUUGUCGAGGAAUUUUGAGGAUUUUAAAAAACAGUGAUAUAUACUUGGCUGGCAACCACAGAUCAACAUCGUGAUGUGUACGAAUUUUUACUACCUGUGCUAUCAACCUGCUCUUCUGAUGAUGAUGUGUUGGUAUAUUGUAAUUAUGGGAGAGAUGCAGACACAAUCCCGUGUGUAAAUGUUUUCUUGAGGCUGCCUUGAUACUUAUAAGUUAUAUUCUGCUUCCUCUUACAAAAGGACUCAAUUUGUACCACCUGUGGUUAAUGAGUUAUAGUUCAUAUGUGCAAAAUUAGCAAAAUUUGAUUUGAACCCCCUUGUGGAAGAUACCUAUUUUAGGUAAAAGCGUCCCCCUGAUUACAUUCCCUAUUUAAGAGUGAAUACUGAUAGAUUGAUGGUGCCUACAAUUAUUUGAAA